AUGUUGUCCUUGACUUGCGGCGCUGAUGCGGCAACGUCCACAUCAAAUAUCUUUAAUUUAACAGCCUUGUCUUCUACUUUUAAGCGACUCGCGUACGACACAAUUUUUGAGAAGCAGACGACAGUUUUGGAUUCCCAAUGCCCACGUGAGGCGUCUGAAGCUCAAAUGGAGCGAUCAGUGCGCAACUAUGAGAGUCUGGAGGCCCAAGUUCGGCCGCUUUAUGUAGGAAAUUCACUACGAAUAGAUACUACGUCGAUAUUAUCAGAAAAUGUUCGGACGCCAGCUCCACAAACGAAAAACUUUUACAAAAACCGGAGUCACGCGCUGUCCUACGUAGAUUUGGAUGAGAUUAAGCUUCCAGACUUGUACGAAGGUGUGUGCCGUGUCUUUUGCCAGCCUAACACAUGGUCACCUGCAUUCGCAUCACCUGGUGAUUUUACGAUUAAAAUGACCUCUGUCACUCUGGAUCACGGUGUGCUUUCUUUUCGUAUUGCAGUCAUGUGUUGCUGCGCCAAAUCUAUUUGCGAUGGCUCGCGCGUUAAACCGGCCUUAAAACGACAAUACUACGUCUCGUUUGUAGAGCGCACACAGCGAGAUGUUGUUCAGUUGACAGAGGCGCUAUCGCUUCAGUAUUUAGGUCACCGUCUGGCUCAAAAGAUGCCAAUGCAUGGAAAUGGUCUGAUUGCGACGCCAAAGGAACGGGCUCUGAACGAUUACGGCGACCGAGUGAUUCAAUUUUUAAGCUUAGUGAUGCAGAUCACCGAAAUUGGUUUUAAUAGACUCGUUAAAAUCAAAGAGCCGGUGUCGAGCAACAUGCGAAUACGUGACUUUCUGGGACUAUCGUUGACCAUUGGGGAUCAAACAAUUGUUGCAACGAGCUCUUGCGAUGCUCGCAUUGAAGGUCAAGACUGUGGCAAUCGUCCAGUUUUGCCAAGCGCUUGGCUCGAUAUCGAUGUGAAUUUGUCGACUGAUGCAACUUUUUUUGAUGGGUACACACGACGUUCGCCGCGUGGCGAAUUAGCAUUUUCGCGUAUAGGUAAUCGUCCAUUUGACAAUUGUGAUGACUUUGGUCAGACGGUGCGAUCGACGGGAAAUUCGAAUCGCUUAGGAGCUGGUAAAUGUGUUCGCUUCAUUAAUCCUAGUCAUUGGGUGGAUUACACACCAAACGACGGCUCGUUUACUGUGGAAAUUUCCAGUGUGACAGUCGUAGACGGUAUCGCGAGGUUUGGCAUCAGUGUUCUUUUUUAUUCGAAUGGGGAUCUACAAGUGGCCACUGUUGAUCGUCGCUUCUCCGAAUUUGAUGCUUUGGCCAUACUGCUAGAGAAAAAGGUGCCUUCCUUGAAAAUUCGUAAUCUACUUCCACCAAAAACUUUUUUUCGUUAUACAUCAGCACGCUUUUUGGAGCGACGAGCGGCAUACCUGCAGCAGUUUCUGGAGUGCGUACUUUGUAUGAAUUUUUCAGGCGUUCUAGACCAAAAGAUACCUCUUACAGCAGAGCCUCGCGUUCGCGAGUUUUUAAAGCUUCCUACUGUUGAGUGGAUUGUAGUGCCAUGGAGCAAGCAAUUGCCCGUUUUUAGGAACACAAGUGAAUGCUACCGCCCCCACUUAUCAAUAUUAUCAACUGCAGCGUCAGAAUUUUCUCCUCGCUUCAAUACAUGCAUCUCUCCUCGCCGCACUUCACGCUGGAUCUUUAACGACUUGACGACACCACGUCACGAAAGCUUUUUACUCAAACGUAGCGACUCUAUGUAA